AUGCCAUCACCUUUGAGACCAGGCGCUGAAACGGCUGCAGUAAUCACCGAAGUGAACAAACGUCGCCUGAAUCCUUUCUCGAGAAACAACCAACUGUUUAAGCGACUUGACGAGGUCCGUGAUGGUAGCGAGUUCACAAUCGUUCUGCAUCCACACGAUUUUGUCAAGCAAAUGAAACAACAAAUUGUAGGCGUUCAUCACUAUAAGACGUUUCUUUGCCAGCAAUGA